ACACACACACACACACACACACACACACACGCUCCCCAAAAUGCAUAACCUCGGGACGAAGAUUCAAUUGAGAUCGCAGCACCGGGUCCGCUUGUAAUUCUUGCUAUUUCUGCAUUUGUUUUGACUGCUCCCAUCAUUUAAGAUUGACGCUUGGAUGGGUGUGUAGGAGGCGGCAGCACCAGAAGCGGGGCUUACAGCUUGCACAUACACAUACACACACACACACACACACACACACACACACACACACACACACAAAAUCUGCCUUAUCUGAUGGCUAUUACUGAAAAUGGGAGGUGUAGCCUGGGCUGGGUAAUGAAGGGGAGCGGAGCGAGGGGGGCGCCAGGAGCAUGGAGCUGAAUACCAAUGAGUGUAGGAGUAUUGGAUGAGGAAGAAGUCUUGCCUGCUCGCGCUGCCAGAGCUCACUGUGGAGUAUUCCAAGCAUCCCUGAGAACCAGAGAGCAGCCAGCCGGCGCUGAAGGAUUGACAUGCAGGCUUCUUCUGGGAUCUGGGGGGCCCCGGUGUGACAUCCACAGUCCCUAGUCCAUUGCUAAUAUGUGAGAAAUGUGGAGCUAGGAGCCACCCUGCCUCUUUCUCACUCACCUUCCCUGGCGAAAAAAAACAACUAUGUUUUCCUUUUGACUUUUCUUUCUCUUGAGAAAAAUCCCAACGUUUAUCUGUCAAACUGGCGGGCUCCUAUGACAGCAACUUUCCUCACAACAUGAUGUGGCAAUGCCACCUCUCAGCCCAGGACUACCGCUACUACCCCGUGGACGGCUACUCCCUGCUUAAACGCUUCCCUCUCCACCCUCUUGCAGGACCUCGAUGCCCGGUCCAGACGGUGGGACAAUGGCUGGACAACAUUGGGCUGCCUCAGUACGAGAACCACCUGAUGGCCAACGGAUUCGACAACGUGCAGUUUAUGGGAAGCAAUGUGAUGGAGGAUCAGGAUUUGUUGGAAAUUGGUAUCCUUAAUUCUGGACACAGACAAAGAAUUCUGCAGGCAAUCCAGCUCCUUCCAAAGAUGAGGCCCAUUGGCCAUGAUGGCUACCAUCCCACCUCCGUGGCAGAGUGGCUGGACUCCAUUGAACUGGGCGACUACACCAAAUCUUUCCUCAUUAAUGGCUACACAUCCAUGGACCUGUUGAAAAAAAUCUGGGAGGUGGAGCUAAUUAAUGGAAAAGGAAGACAGCAUACAUUAACUUUUAGAGAAUAACUUGGCCAAUUUGGAUGUUUCUGUACUGAUGAAUGAGAAGAG